AUGCCUCGCAUGAACAGCUUUUCACCGGAUCCAACCUGUUUCGAGAUAAGUACAUCCAAAAGGGCGGAUGAUUGCUGCUUGAUACCAAAACCUUAUGAUAACCAGCAAGUUUCAGACUGUCUACUGUCAAUGGGAAAUCCUACUGACGCCACAGAAAAGUAUAAGUGCCUCGUGGCAUGCAUUGCCAAGAAGUUGAAUGUCUACAAGGAUAACAACCUAGACAGGGAAGCUGCCCUGCGGUUGUUUAAUUUGAAAAUUGGAUCAAAUCCAAAUUUUGCACCCAUAAUCGGUAGCACAUUUGACCAGUGCUAUAGACAAUUGUCGGUGAACAUGGCUUACGAACAGUCAAAUCCGCCGAAUUGCAGUGCCCUGCCCAUGCUGUUGUUGAACUGUCUGCAGUCAAGUUUGUUUCUGAACUGUCCCACCGGAGUUUGGAAAGUAGGAUCAGAAUGCGAUGAACUUAAACGAAAGCUUACCAAGGGUUGUCCCUUUGUAGCAAUUUCAUGA